AUGCAGAUUAUGGACGAACGGCUCCCUCCCUCCACACCCCCCUUUCCCCCCCGUCGCAGGGCGUGCGGCUGCUGGUCGGGACCUCGCAUAUUACAGGAGGGUAUCAGCGGACGAGAUGCGCAAGAGCGUGUUCGCCAACAACACCGCCUUCAUCGGCAACCCCCGUUAUUCCCCUCCCCGCUCCCUCCCAUACUCCCUCCUCCUUACGCCCUGCAGGGCGUGCGGCUGCUGGUGGGGGACCUGGCGGACUACCGGCGGGUAUCGGCGGACGAGAUGCGCAAGAGCGUGUUCGCCAACUACACGGCCUUCAUCGGCACGUCCAAGGAGAUCGCGGAGCUUGAGGUGGAGUUACAGCAGAUGAAGAACCUGCUCUCAGUGCAAACCGCGCUUAUCCACUCCCUCGCCGCGGACAGCAUGAGCAAUGAUAAUAGUAAUAGCGCUUCUGGUGGUGGGGGUGGGGGUGGGGGUUCGACGCCUGCGUCGACUACUUCGUCGGUUACCACUGCUGGUACUUCGUCCACGUUCGCCGGCGCUUCGUCCUCGUCAUACGCGGCCUCGUUAGCCACCCCGCAGCAGGAUGAGGAGGAGGACGAGCGGCUGUGGAGCGUCGAGGUUCCCGAGCCCACCGAGAUUGAGAAAUACGCGGAGGCGCUGCCGGAUAUACUGGAUAUUCUUAUAGCGGAGCGCAAGGUCGACCGCGCUAUAGAGCUGCUGGAGCAGGGGCAGCAGAUCGUGCAGCUGGCGCUCGCGACAGCGGGGGACGGGGCGGGCGGGGGCGGGGGAGGCGGGAAAGGGGGCGGGGACGGAGGCGGGGGCGGGGAGGACGAGGAGAUACUGUCCGCGGACGCGGCGAAUGCGCUGGCGGCGGCGAUCGCGGAGAGGCGCGCGUGGCUGAUGGCGCAGCUGGAGGAGACGGCGCAGCAGGCGGCUGUGCGCGGACAGGAGCUGCGCCAGGCCGUGGGCGCGCUGUACCGCCUGGGGGAGACCGAGCGCGCGCACCAGCUGCUGCUGGGCGCGUACGGGGAGCGGAUUAGGAGCGGGUCCCGCCUGCUGCGCCCCCGGGGAACGAGUUUUGGCGGGGCGUACACUGCUGCAUUGGCGCAGUUGGUGUUCUCGGCCAUAUCCCAGGCGGCCACGGACUCAGCACGCAUAUUCGCAUCGGACCCGGCAUGUGCAGCGGAUCUGCUGCUGUGGGCGCAGAGGGAGACGGAGUUCUGUGUGUCGUUGCUCAAGCGCCACGUGCUCUCCUCUGCCGCUGCUGCUGGCGGCCUGCACGCCGCUGCCGAAUGUGUUCGCAUCGCCCUGGGUCACUGCAGGCUGCUCGAGGAGCAAGGACUGACACUGUCCCCAGUGCUGUCCAAGCUGGUCCGCCCCAGUGUGGAGGAGGCCCUGGAGUUCAACAUCAUUCGCAUAGAGGACUCUGUUGCCACCAUGGUGGCCGUCGACGACUGGGUGCUGCAGCCGCUGCCUCAUGGUGCUGCUGCCACCGGCAGGGUGCGCGCGCUGCAGCAGACUCUCGGCCCGGGACUGAUGCACCUGCGGCUGUCGAGUAGUGGCCAGCGCUUUUACCUGCUGCUCGUGGAUCUAGUGGAGGACAUUCUUCCGGUGAUCAGCCUGCAGCUGUUCGGUCGCAUUCUCGACCGCCUAGCCUCUCUCUUCGAGUCCUACGUCGCGCUCCUGCAAAAGGCCCUCCCCUCGCCCUCCGACGAGGACGACGAGGAGGACGGGGACGGGGGGAAGGUGGCGGGGGAAGGGGGCAAGGACAAGUCCGGGGAGAAGGAGAACGGGGAGGAGCCGUGGCAGGACGGCAGUGUGAGGACAGCGGAGGACGAGCAGCAGCAGCUGGCGCUGCUGGGGAACGCGUCGGCUCUGGCUGAUGAUCUGCUGCCCCGCCUGGCUCAGAGGCUCACGCUGGCUGCUGGGGAGGAAGGUGGUGGGGGUGGGGGGCGAGCGGUGAGGAAGCAGGGCGGGGCGGAUCCAGACAGGAGGCUGUCUGCUGGCGGACGCAAUGCAGCGGAGCACAAGGAGUGGAGGAGGCGGCUACAGAAGGCGGUGGACAAGCUGAGGGACGUGCUGUGCUCGUGCCUCGUGGCCGAGUUCAUGUACGGCCACGAUGGCCAGCCCAUCCUCACCGCGCACCAGUACCUGCACAUGGAUGCCAAGAUGCGCCCCACCCAGUGGGCGCUCAAGCCCCUCCCCUCGCCGCCUUUUCAGGCGCUCUACAUGGCGUUGCAUUCCAUCCAUUCAACCGCCACGUACGUGCUGGGAGGGCGUGACCGCGUGGUGACGCUGCUGCUCAUGCGCCUGGCCGAGUGGCUCAUGAUGGGCCUCAUGGUCUACAGCUCCUUCUGGGACGAGCUUGAGAAUGCUGAAUACGCGCUUGGGCCUACUGGUCUGCAGCAGCUGGUGUUUGACAUGUAUUUCGUGAUGCAGGUGGCCAAGGCGGGCAAGUACUCCUCCCGGGCCAUGCGCAAGGUGGCAGAGGACAGUGCUACUAAGGCCAUCGUGCUCUUCACGGAUCAAACGGGAGGCGAUCCCAACAGUCUCCUACAGGAGGACUGGUGGUACGAGCACAAGUGUGUGGAGGCAAUAGAGGAGCUGGCAGCAGCGGCCAGCCCAGCAGCGUCGCCUACAGACUCGCCCAGCCGCCACCGCCGCUCCUUCUCCCAAGAAGACCCUGACGAUCCCCUUGCCGCCGCCUCCUCUGCUGCUCCUGCUGGAGCUAGUCCUGCUGCUGCUGCUGGUGCUGCUGCUGGUGGUGCUGCUGGUGCUGGUGGUUCUACAACUGCUGCUGCCGUCUCUCCAACAAUACCAGCUUUGCCGCAGCAGGGGGAUGGGGGGUUAUCGCAGCAGCAGCAGCAGCUGGGGCGGGGUGCGAUGGAUGAGGAGAGGAGACCAGCAGCAAAGGGACAGUAUGAUAUGUAUGAUGAUGGGGGGGCUAGGAGUGAGAGACCGGGAGGGAGAGGAGGUGCGAGUCGAAGCCCUACGGGUGAAUCAGCAGGAAGGGGAGCGCGGAACAGAGGGUUUUCAGAUGAUGAUUAUGGGAGCGGGGGAGGUAGGAGUGAGUACGCGAGCCGGGAUAGGGGGGAUGGGAGGGAGCAUGGGAGGGAGUAUGGGAGGGGGGACAGUGUGGGGAGCAGGGAGCAUGGGAGGGAGAGGGAUGGUGCAGGGGGCUGGGAUUAUGGGAGGGAUGGCGGUGGGAGGGAUUAUAGGGAGAGUGGUGGGAGAGAGUAUGGGAGGGAGAGGGAUGGAUCGUAUCGGGACAGGGAUGUGUCUUAUAGGGAGAGAGAUCGGGAUGGGUAUGGGCGGGAAGAGAGAGGUUAUGGGGGCCGACAGUCACAGCGGCGAGGAGGGUAUUGA